CUACGAAGCGACGCGUUCCAAAGUUGUCGCGUUGGCGCCCGCCGCCAUAUGCUUGACCUACCCACCAAAACAAAGAAGUCUCAACGAUAGCAGCAUAGCACAAAACUGGGACCUCGACGCUACCGGUCACUACCUCGAAGCUUUGUAACCCACGAUCGUCCGCAUCGCACUUGCGACCCAAUUCCGAUCCCAGCCUCUUGCACAACGAGCAUACACCCACAUGGCAACGUCCUCCAACAACCAACCGCGCUUCGGCCACGGCGGCGGCAUAAACGCCCGUGCUGCGCCUCUGCCUACACAUCAACAGCCCUACACGACUCCCGGCUUCGGACCUUCAUCCAAGAAUGCGCAGACUCGCGAAGCCGAGCGGCUGGAUGCCCAACGACGCGCCCGUGAACAAAAAGCAGCCGCCGAAACCGACGCACAAACUGCUCUGGAGUCCCUCUCUGAAGAACAGCGUGAAGAGAUUCAAGAAGCAUUCAACCUGUUUGACUUGGACAAAGAUGGUUACAUCGAUUACCACGAACUGAAGGUAGCAAUGAAGGCGCUGGGUUUCGACGAGCCGAAACAAGAGAUCUUAGGCAUACUCCAGACAAACGGAGUACAAGCAGCAGGGCAAGCAAGCGGGAGCAAGCAGAAGCAGCCGGUGGGCAACUACCAGAGUCCGCCGAGGUGGUUGCUGCCGUUCCAGUCAUUCCAAGUGAUCAUGGCACAGCGCAUUGUUUCGAGGAACCCACAGGAUGAAAUUAACAGAGCAUUUGACCUAUUCGAUGGGGACGGCAAGGGAAACAUAACGCUGCAAGACCUAGAGAGGGUUGCAAAGGAGCUGGGAGAGGGUCUGCAACACGAAGAGCUGCAAGCAAUGAUUGAUGAAUUCGAUAUGAAUGGGGAUGGUGCAAUCAGUCGAGAGGAGUUCAUCAACAUUUGUCUUGGCUAAAUGGGCGGCGGGCCGCGAUGCGUUGAGCUGUUUCUUUACUGUUAUUCAACAGCAUAUUGAAUGGGGGGACUGGGCGUUAUGCGGCGCGAGGGUGGACCAGCAAAAGUGAGGGCACACUGUUUCCUGUUCUUGAGAUACCAA